UUUCGUUGUCUUCGAUUUUAGCAGAAAGCCGUGCCCACGUGGUCAAUUGGAUUUUUUUUGUAGUCCUCACAAUCAGAAAAUAAGAAGGAUGGUCGUCUCACAGCAUGAUCAUGAAGGCUCUAGCGUGGUCAUGGCAUCGUCGACCUCGACGAAAAAGCGUGAAACUGGAGACCGCGUAGAGGCACCAAAAGCGAAUCAACAGACCGCAGACCCCGAUGGUCAAGGCGGAAAUGGAGGCGCAGGGGAACAGCUUCUCUUUCAGCAAGAUGCGGAUCUCGUAUCCGAAGCGUCCUUCGUGUCGCACGAGUCCCGUAGGAGCAGUUUGUUGUCUUUCGCGGGCGGGGUGGAAGAGAUGAAGCGGCGAUAUGCAAUGCUUAAAAAGAGACUACGCGAAACAGAGCAGCGUGCAGAGCAGCUGGCCCAGGAACGCGAGGUGAUGCGCCAAGCCCAGCACAAGGUGAUGCAGAUUUUAAGGCCCAAUCUAGGAUCGAUAUUGGCUUUGCACUAUCCGCUGAAGGCUGGCAUAGUUUUAUUCUGAAUGAGAAUGUCGUAAGUAAGUUGUUCCACCAGGAAAGAAUAGCUGCUAUUGCAUUCCACCGACCGGCUGUGCUAAGCAUACAAGAACCGCAGACUGUUCUACGGCAUUUGAUCACUCAGGUCAGCGUGCUAUUAAGACACUACGUACUUGAUGAUGUACUCUACCCACUGUCUAAGAAUAAGCCUCGCUGCUCCAAGCAACGUGGCUGCGACGCCUACGGCGUCCAGUCUCAACACCGCAGGAAUCGCGGUGAACAUGCCUCCGAUUACUUCUCCAGGAGCAUCUUUCGUUCCGACAUCGUCCGGGAGCGGUGGGCUGCAGCCGUCGCCCUCUGGCGCCAAUGGAAAGUGGAAGAAGCAGUACAGCUUGUCUUCGAGGCCGUGGAGUGAUGCUUCCUUCAUCCCCCGCGAUGAUAGUCUCGAUAGCACAGACAGCAGGCUGCGGACCAGUACAAGUCGAGUCGGGCGCGCCGCACGCCGUGCGCGGAAGGGCGGUAGACUCUCUGCCAGUGGCCAGUUCGUACUGGGUGAGGAAGACGAAUUUUUACUUGAGGAAGAAGAGCGGGAAGAAAUUCUAGCCAUGAUGCGCAAAGAACGUUUCGAACGUCAGUUAAGAAGGAUGAUAGAGUUCGUUGCAGGCUCUUUCACUCUGUCUUGAGUCUAAGGAUGUCUAAAUGCACUUAAGGCGGCAGAGCUCACAACAUUUUUUUGAAAACGUUCGUUACUAGCAUACUUUGCCGAUUUGCAAUUUCAUUUCGAACGCAAAAUAUCUCUAAGUUAGCGUCGCUGUUUGCUGAUUACAUUCUUCUUCGUUUGCAUGUUGGCGAUCGCUCCUCUGAGUAUGUUUCUUUUUGCGGAUAAGCUGAAGCCUUGACGUAUCUUCACACUUGGAGGAAAGUUACACCAGGCGACUAAGAGGAGGCAGCAACUUCAACAUGCGCGUCAGCAUAGUAAUUGCAACAGUGAUAUAAUGAUAUGAGGGGGGCCUCCUUCGCUGGUACAUAUAUACUUAGUUACAUAGAUGUUGAAUGUACAGUGGCACUCCAUCGGCGUUGGCGGGAAUAUAGAUAUUUCAUUUUUAUAGACAGGCCCGACCGAGGGUGGAACCCCAAAUGUGAUGCAUACCGGAAUUGGGAUGGUUGAACAAUGUGGCCGACACUAGUAGUGUCAAUAGUAACAGGCGAAUGUAUGUUGAUGAAAACACGUCUGCUUUUUGGUGGUUUCGUACUUCAAAAAAGAUUAAGAUCGUUUUUAUAUUGUACAGCGACGCACAAAUGCUCGUCUGACAUAACAAUAUAGGCUUGGGAAAAAUAAAUGUAUCUUUCUUGUAGCAUUGCUAUUGUUUGCUUCUGUAGUUACUUAGAAGUGGAGGAUCAGGGAUUACAAUACCGUGAGUACUGUAUCAAACGACAAAGGAUUGACGGCUAUGGAUUAGUCUCAAAUAAAGAAAAUCCGACGAGAUCAAUGGGAAAACUAAGAGAUUGGAAGCAUUCGAAAGAGGUGUACAAUAUUAAAGCUUUGCUGCUUGUGUUUGAAAGCGGAAGGACCGCUUAGCUCAUUCUCAUCUUGCACCAUCCGAGCGAUGCCAAAACAGUUACUUGUUGGCAGACGCAGUC